AUGCUUUUAAACGUCGCCUCCGUGCUUGUUACGGUCUUAUUCGCCAAUGUCUUGGUAAUCGCAGAAAAUUUCCCGGCACCUUCCGCCAACAAGGGACUCCCUAGUCAAUGUGCCAAAUGGAGGGCAGGUUUCGGAAAGCCCCAAGGCGUGACUGCUCAUCGACUUACCGGUCACCAAACUGACGCUUUGCAAAAGGAGACCACUGAGUCAACAUUGAGGCGUCGAAUUACACCAGAGACUCGCACUAGCAGGAUUCAUGGAUCUUCAGGAAGAAAAGGUGCAUGUGGUGUGCCUUAUGACGGCUCCCAGCAUGUGGGGUGCAUUUGGAAUGGUCAAGGCCACGACUCCGUACUCGGCGCUACCUCUGGUUGGCUUACCGGGGACGCGACUGGUCAAACAAAUUGUUUCAAGAAAAUUUACGUACAAGCCAAUGGAGCUACUGUCUACGGGUGGGUCACUGACUCGUGUGCCAUCGCCGCACGAGGAGAGGCUCUUCCCAUUGAUGUUGGAUGUUCAAGCAUCUACCUCUCCGACAAGAUGUUGGAGGACCUUCAAUUCAAGAACAAUGAAGGAACUGUUCAGAUUGACUCUUGGGACUUUGACCAAUCCAACACCCCUUGGUAA